AUGGCAACCCAGUGGGUUUUGGGGAAGGUCAGUGAAGCACUUGCUCCCACCGUAUCCAGCACGGUGGCGAGUGCCGGGGCAUUCGCCGGGGGCGCGGUCAAUGCGGUGGGCAACAGCAUCAAUGGAGUAGGAGAGUCAAUCAAUUCCACAAUUCGCAGAUAUGGGGAUGGAGUCAAGGACUAUGGAAAUGGCGUCAUGGAUUGGACACAAGCUGCAGGACCCAGGGCAGCAACUGCAAGCAAUCCUCUGGGGUUAAGUGCAGGCAAGACGGGCGGGAGGAGACAGGUCACCAGUCCUCAAAUCUAUCGGCAACCAGUGACAACACCAAAGUCGUCUCCUUCCAAGACGUUGAUGACGACGAACAAGACGCCAGCACCUCAGAAGAAAAUCGAGGGAGGAACCCCCAUGAAGGCCUUGCCAGCUCCUGGUCCAAAGCUAUCCGAUGCAGCCCACAAGGCGACAGCUGUUGCCACCCCUGCUAAGAAGGUCGCUUCUGCUCCCCGCAAGCCCGUGCAGUCAGCGGUGAAGACAAGCACGGUCCCCAAUCCUGGAGCCAUGAGGCAACACAAACAGGGAAAUGGUGCUAGCAAAGCCGCCGGCGCGACCAAAUCACCCACGACACCCAACCCGGGAGCCAUGAGGCGGAAGCCAGCAGACGAUGGCAACAUGAAGCAGCCUUCCUCGGUCAAGAAGGUGACUCCUGUCAAGCCCAACACGGCUUCUGCACCAAAGCCGACAGCGACGGCAGCAAAUCGACCAAAGGUGCAAGGUAAUCCUACUGCUGCUGCCAAUCCGCUCGGGCUCACGUUCUGA